CGGAAAUCAAAUAGCUUUUGCUCAGGACUCUCCCCAGUAGUUUCCCGUCCUUCACCGACCACCUUCCCACGUUUUCUUGUUUUAAAAUGAUUCUAGUAAGAGAAAAAAAAAAAAAGUGUAUCACGCAGCCCAUUUGUGUCAUUACAGUACUCAAUCUUUACGUUUCUUUAAACGUCAAAAUCAAUUGCUUUGAGGUCGUCAACUUAGUUACGUUGCUCGAGCAAAUUGCUUUGGAGAAAAAAUAAAAUAGUUAAAAAAAAAAAAGAAGACAGAAAUUAAAAGUAUGUACUAUAAGUUUCUGUUCCUUGCUUUAGAACGAUAAUUUGAUUUUUUGAGCUUCUCACUCGUGCCCUUCCGGCAUAUGUUGGAAGUAAAAAUAGAUUAAUAUUUUUUGGUGUGUUUUUCCUUCAACUCCUCUUGCGUAUGACUACUGUUACACUCAGUAGCACUAUAUAAAUCCCAUGCUGUGGGAAGGCAUCCUCAGAAGACCAAACCUUCUUUCUUUCUUCUCCUGUGUCAGACUAUCUAUAUCUGUACACACACAAUUAAAGCAUUCUCAUUACUAGUGUUUUCAUUUCCUGAGCCUGAGCCUGAUCCUGAGCAAAUAUAUUCGUUGGUGGUGGUUAAAUCACUGCGUGCGUAGCAGUUUGUUUGUGGACAACAAAAUGGGAUCAAAGCCUCUGACAUUCAGGGUGACCAGACAAAAGCCGGAGCUGGUCCGUCCGGCCAAGUCCACUCCUCGGGAAUGCAAGCGCCUCUCUGACAUCAACGAUCAAGAUGGUCUUCGCUUUCAAGCCCCUGUCAUCCAAUUUUACCGCAGCGAUGAUGAUCAUGAAGGUCUAGGAUUACAUUGCACUAACAUGGUGGGAGUCCACAUAACACAGAAGUACCGAGAAACUCAAGGGAACAUUAAAUGUGAAGGCCUCAAAGUGAGAACUGAGAAGAAGACUAGACCAAAUAACAGGUCAGUCAAUUGACAAAAGAAGUGGGAAAAGAUGAGGAAAAAUGGGAAACCUUUAUGGCAGGAACCUGCUUAUGGUAGGAAGGCCGGCAGAGAGCGACACGUGUUGACGUUAUAUACAGUCCAAACGGAGACGUUAAAUUGUUGCACAGCAUGUGAAGAGGAAAUAUACGAGAAUCGUCUGCGGAUGCAACCAGAAAGCACACUGACUUCCGUACUAGUUGGGUCAGGAAGUGUUAUUGCAUGUUAAAAUCAGAGGCAUUUAUGUAUUUGCAAAUGUACCCAUUACCAAUGGAAAAAUGUUGCAAAUGCCUUGGACAAAAAAUGUGCGUAAAGACGGUACCGAAAUUUUAAGAAAUAAUAAAUGAUUAUCGCAUA